AAUCAAUAUAUAUGUAAUCGUAUCUUACUCUUCAUUCCAUCGUUAUUUAUAUAUCGUGUGUUAAUACUCUUUCACAAACACCCAUUCUGGGAAAUCGCCAAGCUUUGCCCCAUGCGGAUCUGUCUUCGUGGACCGUUCUGCAACGUAGCUCUCAGGAAGGGGCACUAUUUCCCAGGAAUGGUGGACUCUGCAGUACUACGUGCUCCAGCUGGGAUUUGGCGCAAGGUCGCUACGCGCGCCUCGCAAGAAAAUGGCGCCGAAUUUGAUUUUGAUCUUUUCACCAUUGGCGGAGGCAGCGCUGGAGUACGAGCAGCCAGAUACAGCGCUGGCCUUGGCGCAAAGGUGGGCUUGUGUGAGCUGCCGAGAGACCUGAUCUCCAGCGAUGAGAAGGGCGGCACUGGCGGCACUUGUGUGCUGCGCGGCUGCGUCCCCAAAAAGCUCAUGGCCCUGGCUGGGCUCUUUGCUGAGGACGUGCAGGAUGCGGCCAGCUUUGGGUGGGAGGUGGAGGGGCCGCCUCAACUGAGCUGGGAGAAGCUGCAGAGCAACAAGCGGCGCGAGCUAGAGCGGCUGAGCGAUCUGUACAUGGACAACCUGAAGAAGGCCAAUGUCGAGUUCAUUGAGGGGCGUGCGCGAAUCGUAGACCCCAACACUGUCGAGGUCAACGGAAAGCAGUACAGGGCGAAGAACAUCCUGGUCGCAACGGGGGGUGCAGCCAGCAUUCCACCCAUUGAUGGGGCGAGGGACUAUGCCAUCACCAGCGAUCAUGUCCUCAAUCUGGAUGAGCUCCCCAAAAAGCUGGUGGUUGUGGGCGGCGGCUACAUUGGCUGCGAGCAGGCGUCCAUCUUCAACAACCUUGGCACAGAAGUCUACCUCGUUGUGCGCCAGGACCUGCCCCUGGCUGGGUUUGACAGGGAGGCGUGCGCAUUUGUCAUGGAGCAGUACAAGCUGAGAGGCCUCCAUGUUUACGGGCAGAGCUCGCCCACGAAGGUGUCCAGAGGGGCUGAUGGGAAGCUGACCGUGCGCGUAGAGCCGUACAAGAGGGAUGGAGAUCCCUUUGACAUUGAGGAUGUCGAUCAGGUGCUGAUGGCCACUGGGCGGAAGCCCAAGACACAGAACAUUGGCUUGGAGAAUGUUGGGGCAGAGAUCGACGAAAAGGGCGGUCUAAAGGUGGAUGAGUUCAGCAGGAGUGUGAGCGUGCCCAGCAUCUGGGGCAUUGGGGAUGUGACUAAUAGAAUCCCCUUGACACCUGUCGCCCGCAUGGAGGGCAGCGCGCUCGCCAAGCACCUGUUUGGGGAUGAGGGGGAUGUGAAGCCUGACUACACAGCAGUUCCCAGCGUGGUGUUCUCCAGCCCACAGCUGGCGUAUGUGGGAAAGAAGGAGGACGCUGCAGUUGAGGAGUAUCAGGAUGUGGACAUCUACACUUCAAAAUCCACGCCCAUGAAGAACACGCUGGGGCGCAAGGAUGUGAAGGAGUUUGUCAAGGUGGUGGUGUCCGCCAAGGACAAGAAAGUGGUCGGCUUUCACAUGGUCGGCGCAGAAGCGGCAGAAAUCUUGCAAGGCUUCGCAGCAGCCUUGUAUGCGGGCAUCACAAAGCCGCAGCUGGAUGCAACCGUGGGCAUCCACCCGUCCAGUGCCGAGGAGUUUGUGACAAUGACCCAAACCACUCGCAAGUACCGGGGCGGCAAGCUUGUGGAGGGAGAGCCUCUCAAAUGCUGAAAUCCUUUUCUUCGAAAACAGUAUUGGAGUCUAAGUAUUGGAGUCAUUCCAAUUUGGCUGAUUUUGGACGCAAUUGGAGCACAUGAAAUCAUGGCGCUUACCAGGGGAUAGGUAGCUGACUGUCAGAACUGAAAUUUAUUGAAUCCCAUCAAUGCAAGAGUGUAUCAGGACCACAAUCUGCCUGCGUGACAUCUCUGGAUAAUUGCAAUGGAAACUCUGUCAUUGCAUUCGUGAUACUUGUGGCCACUAUUACUAUCACUGCGCUGCUUCAGCGAUCUUGAGACGGGGUGCUUCCUGCUAUGGGCCAAUCGCUACUGUUUUGGACUGUAUCAAUUGGACUGACUUCAGUCCUCAACAGUAUAGAAGUUCAAGAAGCAAAAGUAAAAUUAAAGUGUGAGGGAGGCCGCACGGGCACAACAUGGGACUGCGUGGUAGGGCAAUUGCCUCUUGGAUAUCUUGAUUCUGGCGCUCAGAGAGCGGCAGUUCUGUAAUGUUGCAAGGUG